CAAGAUCUGGUUGAAGGAAAAUCAUUGGAGACAUGAGGGACUAUGAAGAAGUUACAUCCUUUCUUGGAAUCUGGGGACCUUUCCAAAGAACCAUUUACGUUCUCCUCAGCCUCAGCAGCAUUCCCAAUGGAUACGUGGGAAUGUCGAUGGUUUUCCUGGCGGACAUUCCUCCUCAUCACUGCAGAGUUCCAUCUCUGAACAGCAGCUAUGGAGGACUGGGCUACAAUCUGUCCAUCCCGACUGAGGAGCUGAAAGGGGAGACCAUCCUGAGUCGCUGCAGACGCUACACUGAACAGGAAGACUCUGGCUCUGCCUACAGCAACAACACAGAGGGCUGUCUGGAUGGCUGGGUGUUCAGCAAGAAGCAGUAUGUGUCCACUAUUGUCACAGAGUGGGAUCUUGUGUGUGAUGAUGCCUGGAAAGCCCCAUUCUCUGUGACUGUGUUCUUCUUUGGUGUGCUGACGGGGUCUUUCAUCUCAGGAAUCUUAUCUGACAGGUAUGGAAGGAAGAUCAUCUUCUUCGCCACCAUGGCAGUGCAGACGGUCUUCAGUGUGAUCCAGGCUGCCUCCACCAGCUGGGAGAUGUUCUCUGUCCUCUAUUUCCUAGUUGGAAUGGGACAGAUAGCCAACUACUGCUCAGCUUUUGUUCUGGGAAGCGAACUUCUGACCAAGUCAUGCCGAAUAAGCUUCUCCACUCUGGGUGUUGCCCUAACGUAUGCAGUCGGUUACAUGUGUCUUCCUCUCUUCGCCUACUUUCUUCGAGACUGGAGAACACUUCUCCUAGCCUUAUCUGCACCUGGAUUCCUGUACAUCAUUUUGUGGUGGUAUAUUCCAGAGUCUCCUCGCUGGCUGCUUUCUCAGGGGCGCGUGGAAGAGGCGGAGGCCAUCAUUCGAGCAGCAGCCAAGAAGAAUGGCAUCACUCCCCCAGACGUCAUCUUCAAACGAGAUGACACUAAUAAUGUUGGAGAGCAGAAGAGUUACACAUGGAUCGAUCUUUUCAGAAGUGCUAAUAUGAGAAAUAUUACAUUGAUUAACAUCAUCAUUUGGAUAAUAGUAUCUCUGACUUACUACGGUUUGUCCCUGAACACCCCUAAUAUGGAUGGGGACCCUUACCUGAACUGCUUCAUCGCGGCAUGCAGUGAGGUGGUUGGUUACACCCUGAGUUGGGUGGCUGCUCGCUACAUCUCUCGCCGCCUCACUGUGUCAUUGCCCCUGUUUGUCUGUGGGGCCGUACUUCUCAUCAUCAAAUUUGUUCCCGAAGAGCUCAAUGCCUUGACUAUUACACUGGUGAUGAUUGGAAAGACGUGCGUCACAGGAGCCUUUGGCUUCCUGUACCUCUACGGCACAGAGCUCUUCCCCACUGUCGUGCGCAACAUGGGCCUGGGUGUCUCCUCCAUGGCGUCUCGGAUCGGGAGCACGGUAUCUCCAUAUGUGGCCUACAUCGGUACGUAUAACAAGGUGCUACCCUAUAUUCUGAUGGGGACCUCCAGCAUCAUCUCUGGUGUAUUAGGGGUCAUGCUACCAGAAACAAAAGAUGAAGAGCUUCCAGAACUUAUCAGUCAAGUCAAGCCUCUCAGAUGGUAA